AUGCGUGUUGGCUCGCGUGUCGUCGACAUUCUUUUCGAUCUUUGGUUCCACGCGGUGCUUAACGAGGAAAUCCCUUCACCAACGUAUUGGAGAACACUAUCAGCGUUAUGUCGACGAUGGCGACAUCAUGUGAGUUUUGAAAACUUUUGCUUAGAGAAAUUUCAGGAAGGUGGCAUCAUUUUCACAAAUCGGAUGUAG